AUGGAUGGAGGAGCUCAGGCUGAACUUCAGCUGUUUUGUGAAAAACCCUCCCCGCGCGGCCGCCAGUUCAGCAGCUCUCGAGUCUCGCUCUCUCAGUCGGCGCGGGCUGGAGAUGAAGAUGGCGGAGAGGCAGUGCGAGAUGCGUUUACGAAGCAUCAAAGUUCUUUCCGCGGCGUUCUUUUCAUUCGGAUUCUAGAAACCGGCACCGAAAGCAACCAUUUAAAACGAACUGUUCUUCGCUGGACUCGAACUUUGCUCCACAUCCCAAGUCAAUCCCUGUACAUGACGAGCCAGUGGGCAAACUGAUAACACCGGAAAAUCUGUCCACACGGAGAAUGAAGAGGAGGUUCUGCUGGAUGACGUCUCACUCACGCCUUGUUUAUUCAAGCAGAUGCAUGAAGUGCCAAAAGGUGUUUAUCAGAAGCAAAACCACUAAUGAACAAACAAAUGAAUUACACAUGAUGCCUCCGGCUGCUUGUGCAUAGGGUCGUUGUAUGGACGGGAGGAGUGUGAUACAAAAAGAGAGACACUGGGGCGACGAUUUCGUCGCAGGCUAUGGGGGCCAUGGUGACCUAGAUUCAGUGAUCGUUUCCUGGCAGGGCAACUCCAUUCCCAUCUAAUCCCUGCUCUCUUUUAUUUCUACCUCCCUUCCAGAGUGAGGCGCCACCCUCUCUCUGUCCCUACCACCUGCUUUGCCAAGACAGCUAUGGCUGGAGUAAGAAAGUUGGCGCGAGUCAUCAGGCACCAAGGUCUCCAUCGCCUGAUCCUUGCACUCAUCCUCUUCUGUCUGCUUUCUAUGGCCUACCUAGCUUAUCAUGUCAGUGCUGGACACAAGAUCAAGGAAGCCCCUCUGCCGCUGCCCCUAGGAGACUGUGUAGCUUCAUCAGUCAUUGGUGGUGGGCAAAGGACUCCACUGUUCCUGCCAUCACAGAUCAGCCAGCGCCGACACUCAGCAAAGACGGUGGACACCUCUCGGACAGAGCCUGUGGUCUUACUCUUUGUGGAAAGCAUCUACUCACAACUCGGACAAGAAAUUGUUGCCAUUUUAGAGUCAAGCCGAUUUCAUUAUCGCACUGAAAUUGCACCGGGUAAAGGAGACAUGCCACCUCUGGCUUGGCGAGGCCGUGGCCGAUACUCACUCAUCAUCUAUGAGAACCUGCUCAAGUAUGUCAACUUGGACUCGUGGAACCGCCAGUUGCUGGAUAAAUACUGCCAAGACUAUGGAGUGGGAAUCAUUGGCUUUUAUAGGGCGAAUGAAAACUCUCCAUCCAGUGCUCAGCUCCGAGGCUUCCCCCUGUUCUUGCGUUCAAACUUGCCACUUUGGGAUUACCGAGUCAGCCCUGCCGCACCGCUGCUCUACAUCACCAAACCUAAUGAGCUGGAGCCGGGCCCUCUACCUGCAGAUAACUGGACCACCUUCCUCUCCAACCACAGCACGUAUGAGCCUGUGCUGCUAGCGAGCCCCAAGCCUGCAGAAGCCAAUCAGCUCCCAACACACUCACACCAACAGAGAGCACUGCUGGCUACGGUUGUGCAGGAUUUAGGUCUUCACGAUGGGAUCCAGCGGGUGUUCUUUGGUGGUAGCUUGUCUUUUUGGCUGCACAAACUGCUCUUUGUGGAUGCUGUGGGAUAUUUAACUGGAAGGCGGCUCAGCCUCUCGUUGGACAGAUUUUUGCUGGUGGACGUGGAUGACAUCUUUGUUGGGAAGGAGGGGACGCGGAUGAAAGUGUCAGAUGUUGAGGCUCUGCUUCACACACAGAAUAAACUUCGUUCUCUGGUUCCCAAUUUCACCUUCAACUUGGGAUUCUCUGGCAAGUUUUUUCAUACAGGUACAGAUGAAGAAGACGAGGGUGACGACACGCUGCUACGUCACCGGCAGGAGUUUUGGUGGUUUCCGCACAUGUGGAGUCACAUGCAGCCUCAUCUCUUCCACAACGUCAGCGUGCUGGCAGAACAAAUGAGACUUAAUAGACAGUUUGCACAGGAGCAUGGGAUCCCCACAGACAUGGGUUACGCUGUAGCCCCACAUCACUCAGGUGUGUAUCCUGUGCACAGUCAGCUUUAUGAGGCCUGGAAGAGUGUUUGGGGCAUCAAGGUGACGAGCACAGAGGAAUAUCCUCAUCUCAGGCCUGCCCGCUACCGCAGGGGCUUCAUACACAAUGGCAUACAGGUUCUCCCCCGGCAGACCUGUGGGCUUUUCACACACACCAUCUUCUAUAAGGAUUAUCCUGGUGGCCCUCAGGAGCUGGACAAAAGCAUUCGUGGAGGGGAGCUGUUUCUCACAGUGCUGCUCAAUCCGGUUAGUAUAUUCAUGACUCACCUGUCUAACUAUGGCAAUGACCGGCUGGGUCUGUACACCUUCGAGUCGCUGGUGAGGUUUGUGCAGUGCUGGACUCACCUGCGCCUGCAGACGCUUCCUCCUGUCAGACUCGCUCACAAAUACUUCCAGAUUUUCCCUGAUGAGAGAGACCCCUUGUGGCAGAAUCCAUGUCACGACAAGAGACACAAAGACAUCUGGUCCAAAGAGAAGACCUGCGACAGACUGCCCAAAUUCCUAGUGAUUGGGCCACAGAAGACCGGAACUACAGCCCUGCACUCGUUUCUCUCUCUUCAUCCUGCCAUCAGCAGCAGUUACCCCAGCCCCAUCACUUUUGAGGAGGUGCAGUUCUUCAGCGGACCAAACUACCAGCGCGGCAUCGACUGGUAUAUGGAUUUUUUCCCUGUACCUUCGAAUGUAAGCACAGACUUCUUGUUUGAGAAGAGCGCCAACUACUUUGACACCGAAACCGCCCCGAAGAGAGCAGCUGCCCUGCUACCAAGAGCCAAAAUCAUCUCUAUUCUUAUCAACCCUGCUGACCGGGCAUAUUCCUGGUACCAGCAUCAGAGGGCUCAUCAGGACCCUGUGGCGCUGAACCACACAUUUGAUGAGGUGGUUUCUGCUGCUCCGUCAUCUCCUGCAAGCCUGCUGUCUCUGCACCGUCGCUGCCUGCAGCCUGGAGCCUACAGCAGCCAUCUGGAGCGCUGGCUACACCACUACCAGCCCAGCCAGCUGCUGAUUGUGGAUGGUGUGCAGCUGCGCUCCGGUCCUGCUCAGGUGAUGGAUGCUAUUCAGAAGUUCCUGGGAGUCACACCGUACUUCAACUACACACAGGCUCUGAUGUUUGAUGAGAGUAAAGGUUUCUGGUGUCAGAAACUAGAGGCAGGACGCUCUCGCUGUCUGGGAAAAAGCAAAGGAAGGAAAUAUCCCGACAUGAGCCUUGAGUCCAGGGCAUUUCUGUCCGAGUAUUACCGUGAGCAGAACGUGGAGUUACUCAGAAUGCUGAAACGUCUGGGUCAACCUCUGCCCGUCUGGCUCAGAGAUGAACUGCACAAUGCCAGUUGGAGCUGAGAAACACCAACAGUAGCAGGAGACGCACGGCAGUACCACGCUGCUCCUCACAGGAGAACUCGGGGCCCAUGUGUGGCAGGUGCCAAAAGAGGACCGACCGGCUCGCCCUCCAAUAAUCCACACGGCCUCUGACCCAACAGACGGCCCGAUGGCGCUGUCACAGUCUGAACGAAGCCCUCCGAGUCAGACGAGAAGCUUCUCAGCCGAUGUUCAUGAAAACACGGAUAUGGAAAUGGGAACGACCUCAUUAAAAAGACUUCCAGAGUCCAUUAUGAAACGGCUGUUUUAAAUGCAAAUAUAGUCUUCUAGGAAGAGAAAGUGAGCGUCGCACUGAACCUCUAGGAGAUUGAGGACAUUUUGUGGAAAUACCCUUGAAAGCGAGGGACUUGAGAGGAUUAUUUAAAUUCUAUUCUCAAAAAAAUCUUUAACUCUGCCAAGCAGGGAACUAUUUAAAUGUCUCAUUAUUGUCAGCCAUCUUGCUGCCUUUUCCAAAACAUUUGCUGUUGAAGUGAUUUUCGAUUGAAGUCGACAAACAUUGUGCAGUCCAAGAAGCUAUAAGGAGUAUAAGAUCAUACAUGUGGCAUAGCACACUUUGUUUUAUUUAUUAGAUUUUUGUAUUAAAUGAACCAGGCAAAAGUUUCUUUAUUAAUGGUAUAGUUCACCCAAAAAUGAAUAUUUACCUAUUUACUCACCCUAAAGUAGUUAUAAACCUUUAAGAGUUUCCUUUUUCUGUUGGACACAAAAGAAAGAUAUUUUAAAAAAUGUUAGAGCUCUGUAACCAUUGACUACCAUAGUAGGAAAAACAAACAACACAUGAAGAUAUUUUUUCAAAAUGUUAAAACUCUGUAACCAUAAUUUACAAUAGUAGGAAAAACAAA